AUGCAGAGUGACAGCGAUGCCGAUGACGUCUUCUACGACGUGGAGGAAGAUGUUGAGGAUGAAGAGGACCAAUUCGUGGACGCGCGGUUGGAUGGGGAGGGCGACGCUGAGCAUCCUGGUGGAGACGACGGCGAUGACGACGUGCCCAUCUGGGUGCUUGACGCAGAAGAUGCAGAAUCGCUCGACUACACCGUGACCCAUUGCAGCUUUCCACUCCACAUGGCCGCCUAUGAUGGGGAUCAUUCAGUGAUGAAGAGCCUCAUCGCGACGGCAUCACGGGAGCAGCUGGUUGAGAAAGAUCCACAUGGGAACACGGCCCUGCAUAUUGCAGUCAUGAGACAGAAUCGUGUGGCUGUUGAAGCACUCCUAGGUGUCGGAGUUCCAUCAAAGAUUAGGAAUGAGAGAGGUUGGACAGCUCUUGAUGAGGCUAUCUCCAUGAAGAACAGGGCCCUUGUCACACUUCUCUACAAGUAUGGCGUCCAGGAAAUCAAGGACGAGCUCAAAGGUGCAAAACAACAGCUGUUGAAAACUCUGAGUGGUAUGCCAGACUACUCGAUGGAGCUGACAUGGCAGUUGGGAAGUCCUGUUCUUGGAUUCCUGCUGCGGAAGUGGGCACCUUAUGAUACCUACACUAUCUGGAAGCAGGGUACAAAGAUCCGUGUGGAUGGCACGCUCAUGGGCAUUGACAAGAGUUCCGCCAGAAUCUUGCCAGAGUGGAAGCGUGGAAAGUUCAGUUUGCUAUUCGAUGGGAUAAAGACGCCAGCCCAGCUUUGCUUGGUGGAUCACACAAGGGAGAUGUACCUAGAUGUGACAGAAGAGAAGCAGCGAAGGAAACAAGCUGGAGAAUUUGAUGUUGAUGCAGUUAUUUCAGAAGGUGCCGGUCGAACAAAAUUGAGGGCUGUCAACUUUAGGUUCAAGCCAGUGAAAGGAUGGGCGGGGGGUGUACUUUCUGAAAAGAUUGAAGGGUGGACCACAAAAGUGUAUGAGGCGUCAGGCAAGAUGAUGGCUGUGACAUGUGUUAAGCAAGACUGGCGAAUCCCUAGGCUUGCAACAUUUGAAGAGUACCUGGCAAUCAACAUGCCACAGGACACAUCCAUGGAGCUGCCAGUAAACCCAACUUCUCUAAAUGGUGCUCCGAAUGGAGGCAAGGGGCAGAAGGCCCAAGCCAAGCCCAAAAAAUUCACGGGGCGUUGCUGGAUGGCAGAAAACUUCCCCAUGUCGCUGCAGCAGCUUCUGCCGCUUCUGGACGUUGUUGGCCAUGCCAACAAGCACCUUGGAAUGGCGGCAAGGUUCAUGCGCAAGUACGGAGACAUGAAAAUGUUCCCUGUUCGAAUACAGGUUCCCUUGAUGUGGACUGUGUACCUGCUGGUUAGCUUCAAGAAAUUCAGACUCUCCCGCCAGAGGCCAGACGAAAAGUGGUUCCAGAUACCUGCUGGGUUCACCAAGGUAUCCCUUGAUGAUUUCACAUCGGACUCGUACAGUGUGGGCCGCAACACAUCCGUAACUUCAGAGGUUGGUGACGAAGAGCUGGGAGCGCAAAUCGAUUUUGGCUGA